CCGAGUGCGCUGCCGUCGCGCCGGGCCUGCCUUGACAGCUGAAAGCUGACACCCUAUCGCGUCGGAUCAUCCGUAGCCCGCUCCGCUCAUGAUACACGGUUCAGUUCUUUGCCGCAGGCCACCAGGUGAUGAAUAGACAGGUUCUCAAGUGGACUGCUCUCUAGUGUCAGAACCAUGAUUGGCUUGCUAAGAUGGACGGCUUUCCUGUGGACUUUAAAUUCCUUUCCUUGCACUUCUGGAAUGGCAGUGGGUGAACAAACAGAUGGCUCAUGUCCCCCUCUGAGUGUAGAGGAACACCGGUUUUCUGAUAUUUUAGAUCGUCCCCUGGAAAUCACAGGAUUUGAUCUCACAGAAAAGUUUCUUCUCCGAAAGGGAACAGUCACAGAAGACCUUCCAUCGUUUCGUUUAGGAAGCACUCCACUUAUUAAACCAACACAAUUAAUAUUUCCAAAUGGGCUUUCAAGUGAAUACUCCCUUGUUACCAUCUUCCGGGUAAGAAGAACAACAAAAAAACACCGCUGGUAUCUUUGGCAGAUAUCCGACCAGUCGGGAGACAGUCAGGUGGGCCCCGCUGUAUCUGUUGUGGUUGAUGGUGGAAAGAAGGUGGUGGAGUUUUCCUCCCAGGGCCUGCCAAAAAACACCCUCCGUUACACAUUUAAGAGCCGUGACCUACAUGCCCUUUUUGAUCGCCAGUGGCACAAGCUGAGCAUUUCUGUACAGAGUAACAUAGUCUCCGUUUACAUGGACUGCAAGCUAAUAGAAAGGAUACUGACCGAUGAAAAGGACAGCAUUGACCCCAGUGGGCGCACUCUCAUCACUGCACGAGUGGAGGAUGGACGGCCUGUAGACAUUGAACUGAGACAGAUUCUAAUCUACUGUGACCCUUAUAUGGCUGAGAUGGAAAAUUGCUGUGAGCUACUGGAACCAAAGUGUGAGGCCGAGGAGACAUUUAAUGGGACUUCCCCUCCCCGGGUUACAAAGCAGCCUCCCCAGAUGCUGUCUCAGCCGGUCUUACAGUCAAUUGACAGAUGUCACUGUCCUGCUGAAAAGGGAGAUGCUGGUCUUCCAGGAGUAGUUGGACAACCAGGACAAAAAGGGGAUAAAGGAGACAAGGGUGACACAGGCGAAGCUGGGCCUCCAGGAAAUCCAGGACAUAAGGGAGAACUUGGAUCAGAAGGGCAAAAGGGAAUCGAUGGGGAGAAGGGUCUGAAAGGUGACCCAGGGCCAGUUGGCCCAGUUGGUCCCAAGGGAAACACAGGUGAUGUGGGUAAGCCUGGAGCUCCGGGGCUGCCUGUUGACAAAGAAUGUCUCAAAGGAGAUCAGGGAUCUCAAGGUGACAAAGGAGAAAAGGGUUUGAUUGGGGUGCCAGGUCAUCCUGGGGAACCAGGCAAAGAGGGCAAAAGGGGACGGAGAGGAAAGACUGGGGAGCCUGGACCCAGAGGCCUGCCUGGUCCCACAGGAACCUCUGAAGGAGUAAGUGUCAAGGGGGAGAAGGGUGAGUCUGGAGUUCCAGGGAAAAAAGGAGAGAGAGGAGAAGCUGGUCAGCCAGGUGCCGAGGGGGCCAGCGGGAUGAAAGGACAAAAAGGGGAUAUUGGCCCUCCUGGUCCUCCUGGUCCUGUGAUGACCGCUCAUGGAUUAAGACAGCUCUCUGGAACUGAUGAAAUGGAGGAGAUGACCCAAAAGGGAGAAAAGGGAGAUCAGGGGGAGAGAGGAGCUCAAGGACCGCAAGGCUUCAAGGGAAACAUAGGACCGCCAGGACUAAAGGGAGAUCAAGGACCAGAGGGGAAACAAGGCCUGCCUGGGCCCACUGGACUCCCAGGUCUGCCAGGCGAGCCAGGCUCGUCAGGGGAGUCAGGGGUGCCUGGGAGAAAUGGCCUGAAAGGAGAAAAGGGGGACUCUGGUGGAGUGAUGGGGCCACAGGGACCACCAGGUCCUAAGGGUGAGCCUGGAGAACUGGGAGGUAGAUGUAUGGACAAGGGGUUGCCUCUAACAACAGGGUCUCGCGGACCCAAGGGUGAGAGAGGUGUCCCAGGAUUGCCAGGAGACCAUGGUGAAAAAGGCGAACCUGGAGAGAGUGUCAUAGGCCCCCCUGGCCCCAUGGGACCCCCAGGAAAGCCGGGAAUUGAGGGCCCUCGUGGACCCCCAGGUUUAUCUGGCCCUCCUGGAGCUCCAGGAAGAGAGGGCUCCCCUGGUAGACCAGGCCCCCCGGGCCCUGCUGGACCCCAAGGUGAACCAACUGCCCUGCCAAUCGUUGGAGACAUAGGUGCUGCAUUUAAGAAUGCCUGCAGUGUGUGCCAGACAAGAGUCCCAGGGCUGCCUGGGCAGAAAGGAGAGAAGGGGUCCCCCGGAGCGCAAGGAGUAGAAGGCAUGGUGGGAGAAAAGGGAGAUACAGGUGUAAGAGGUCCUAUGGGUAACCCUGGGAGAGAGGGCCCAAAGGGAGUAAAAGGAGAGCGAGGGUUCCCCGGCCCAACGGGAGAUAAAGGUGAUGAGGGGCCUCCAGGAGCACCAGGACUUCCUGGUGUGACGGGUCGUACAGGAGCCCCGGGGCUUAUGGGCAGACCCAGUCCAAUGGGCCAACCAGGAGCAAAAGGAGAAAAAGGAAAUGAAGGAACCCCGGGCAGACCAGGGCUUCCAGGGCCUCCAGGUGUACCCUAUGUGGAGGGCAAAGGGAUGAGCAGUCUGUACAAGCUGCAGAGCGGUGGAGCUAUUAUAGGACCCCCUGGAGCUCCUGGUGCUCCGGGUCCCAAAGGAGAUGAAGGACCUGCAGGGGAACCAGGGGCCAUGGGAUUGCCCGGGUUGGAAGGGCUACCUGGUGCCAAGGGUGAUAUUGGUUUGCCUGGUCCACCUGGGACACCAGGUCCCCCAGGGAAGCCCGGCACUCGUGGAGAGCCAGGGAUCCCAGGAGAGCCGGGUGAGAGGGGGCCGCUCGGAGAGACAGGAUUCCCAGGGCCCGAGGGACCCCAAGGUGUUACUGGGAGACCUGGAAAAGAUGGAACUCCUGGAUACAAGGGCGCUACAGGUAGACCAGGGGACAGAGGAUCCAAAGGAGAACGUGGUGAUUCGGGGAUUCCCGGAGAAAGAGGGGUUCAAGGCGAGAGAGGUCGCACAGGCUUGAUUGGACCGAUGGGACGACCAGGCCAAAAAGGUGAUCCUGGCCCUCCAGGACAGUUGGAGAGUGUAAACAUCCUGAGUGAUCUCAGCUUUAUGGAGGAAAUCAAAAUGUUCAUCCGAAAGGAAGUAUCGAGGGUCCUUCAAGAGAAGCUAUCGAGCCCUGCCGUGCUGCAGAAGACACCUGCAGGCAUCUUAGCUUCACAUGUCCAAGGGCCUCCAGGGCUUCCUGGCAAGGAUGGUGUCCCAGGCCCACCAGGAGAGCCUGGACCUCCUGGUCCUCAAGGAUACAGGGGUCAGAAAGGAGAACGAGGCCAGCUCGGUCUGGGGUUACCAGGAGAUCCAGGACUCAUGGGGCCACCGGCCACACAAAGGAAAUCAGACUACUACACUACAACCUCAGACUUCUUAUUUUUGGUAAACCAUUAUACUCAUAAACAUACUUGAACUUUUUGUUGUUUGUUUUAACAAUAUCAUCGUCUACAUCCUGGUUUUUCAAUCCCUGACCAGCACUGUGUGUCACUAUGUACUGUUGGGUUGUGGGGUGUCUUAAGACUGGAGUUUUGAUUUAUUUAUUUGCUAUAACAGGUUUCAGAUUCAUUUCAAUGUUCUCAUCUAAUUUCAGAAACUUUUGAGCCAGCUUUACCUAAACAGGCUUUAUGAUAUAUCGUAUCCAGAAACUCACAUGUGGAAGGGUGAAUACUCUUAAAAUUUGCAGAACUUCUUCAUGACAGAAAGAACAAACGUUCCCAGCAUUCAAACUAUGUAUUUAAAUGAAUGCCCUAUUUGAAGAUUUUUAAGAAAAUGCACAAUUUGUUCAUUUAAAAAAUAACCUAAACUUUAUAAUCACACGAAACAAAAAAGUUUUAUAUAGCAAAAGUGUAAUUUGCCUGUAAGGUAUAUUAAAUUUCCUCAUGCUUUCAUUUUGAGCGCUGUUUAAUGUAAGUUUGACUCAAAGUCUUUGAAUUUAUUUUUAAGUGCCCUGCUGUGAUUAAUGUUUGAAAAGUUCUGUGGGUGUAUCUGAAAUUUUGUGACGUUAAGAACUCAGUUCUCUCUGAAUUUCAUCCUUUAAGAUCUAUUUGAUACUUCUUUCUUUUGACUUCAUGUCUCACAUCAUAGAAAUUCAUCAUGCUUCUCUUACACAUGUAAAUUACAAUUCAGAUCAUAUUCUGAAGCUGCAGAGCUUCUUUUUUUUUUUUUUAAUAUUUUUCUCAGCAUGCCGGCUUGGUUUUAUGUCUGUUAAAUUUUAUUAGCGUGAGCAGGUCUGAUUUUAGAUGGGUAUUGAAUGUAAUGUGUGCCACUGACUUCAUUUGUGAGUUGAAAGAGCCCCCUGCUGGAUAUGUUUUUAUUUUGUCAUUACUUGUAAUGUGAAUGGAAAACAAUCUUUCUUUGUGUUAUAAGCUUCAUAAAAUCCCUUCAUUCUAUUGGCCUCUGUCCUUUCAUCACACUAAUUUUCAUAUUGGACUUAAUGGGUUCCCCUUGCAGACAAUAACGCCGACCUCGACCAAAUUCAAAUGAGGCAGCAUCAGUGAACUAAUGUGAUCUGAACUUUUUGGUGCACUGAUGAGAAACCAACUCUCUGCGUAUAUUGAAUUUAGCUGAAAUUGAUAUUAAUGUGCACUAGUUUGUAACUUCAAUGGCUAAACAAUAUGAUAACUGGAGAGAACAAAAAGAAAAAAAGCUUGCUGAUGUCAGAGCCCACUUCACCAGCAAUUUGAUGCCAGCCAUUUCACAUCGCUCCCAGUUAAAACCCAUUUAUUCUAAGUGGAAAAUGAAUGAAAGCAAACCCUAGGGAUGGAGGUGUUGUAGGUUGAAGCCUCUUUCAAAUGGAAUGCUGUUUGACAUCUAAAGAUAGGCUUGUCAAAUAAUGCAAAAUUCACUUCAUCAGUUUUAUAGGUACACAUCCUUCAUUACUGCUUAUUGUGUUUACAGUAAUGUAGCCCGCUCCUGUUGCCUCAUAUAAUCUAAUCUUGUAAAUAAGCUUGUAAUGAGGGAGAAUAUGGAUCAUCCUCUCAGCAUGGUACCUUGGAUUAAAAAUGUCUGCCUGCUGCUCUCACUGUUACUCAUCUCUGCUCCUUUCUAAGCUCAUAUUUUGCUGAGCGACUUUAAUGUGUGUUUUUGAAAGUCUGUUUCAUUGAAUAUCUACCU